CACACCACAUGGGUCUGCCAUAACCGAGUUGCCAUCUUUGAGCCCCCACGCCAGGAGAUUUAACGGUCAUCGAUCUUCACAUCGAGAGAAGAGGAAGUAGUCACAUCGGGUCAAGUUCAAGGUACCGUAAGCAAGAGCGCACCAUACGAUGGAGUAUGGACCCUUGGCGGCGCUCGUGCUUCGAUGAUUGCGCCCAGCCGCUAAGUUCACCAUUGUCACAGCUCCGCGCGGCCCUCAUCUACCGCAUCAACACAACACUUUGACCACCAGCAUCAAUAUCACAAGGCAUCCAUAGCUACCACUCAAUCGUCACACUGCGACUGACCACAACAACCAUGCUCGGCCGUACAGUCGGCCUUCUCACGGCUUGCGCCGUCGGCGCCAAUGCCCUUAUAUUGCCGCCUGGCGUAGCUUCUUUCAGCCCUUCGACAGGAAUCGAUACGGUUGCCAACCCACAGUCCGCUCGGAUCAAACUUCCGUGCUCGUCUUGCAACUGGCAAUACGGCCACCGGGAUCAUGGUUCCGACAUCUCCUUACUACGGUCGGGAAAUCGUAACAACAGCCUUCUGCUGAAGUUCGAUGUCACGGAUGACGGCAAGCAGCUAACGGUGAACGGACGCCAUAUAUACCCUCCGCCGUUCGCGGAUGGCGAUAGGCAGCUCCAAGUCAAGCAAACUCCUUCUGAUGGCGAAGUCGCGAUCAAUGACUGGCUUGUGCCUAUUAACCUGCUUGCAACCAUGUACAGUCUGGAAGAGUCAGAGGAGGAACCCCUCACGCCGGAGGGUGACGUCCUGAAGACUAUCAAAUUUGAAAUCUGGGAGCUCAAUGAGGAGCCAGUAGACGCAGACGUGGCGCAGGUGAAGAUGUUGAGGACAAGUGAGGGUGACCUACUCAUCAUGGAAGCCACUUCUGUGCCUGCGUCUGAUAACUUGGCUGUUGGAGAUGCACCAUUGGCGCUCCCUCCGCCAAUCUCAUAUGGCGUUGACAAGCACGGCCCACUGAGCAUGGAAUGCGAUGGCCUACCAGCGCCAAUUUGCAGGAUCAAGGAGGAGAUCGAAAAGGCGAUUGAACGCAUUCGCAAGCCUAAGGGCACAUCAAAAGGUGGCUGUAGAGGCCGCAAGGGCAAUCCUGCAAAGAGGCCAGGUCACAUGAGGCCUCCGUUCGGUGCACAUGGCGAAGAGGGCAAGCAUGAUCGCCCGCACCAUAUGCGCCCACAUGGCCAACAUGGUCACGGCGAGCAUCGCGGUCAUCACGGUCGCCAUGGCCACCAUGGCCACCAUAGGCACGGUCACAAUGUGCUACACGGCUUCGUAAAGGCGUUCAUGGCAGUGUUGAUCCCGGUGAUGGCAGGCAUCGCUGUAGGCAUGACUGUCAGUCUCAUUGGCCUGGUUGUUGGACGUUUCGUGAGCUUCGUUUGGAUCACUGUCGUUCGUGGUGGGCGUCGCGGCAACGCUAGCGAGGUCGCUCGCGUCGACGUGGCUGAGAAGUGCGAAGAGAAGUCGCUGCUGGCGGAGAUGGAGCCGCCGCCAGUCUACGAGCACGCGCCCGCAUACGAGGAUGUCCAACGUGAGCAGAGCUGAAGGGCAUUGUUGAGCAAAGUGCUGGAUGACGUACUUAUGCAUAGCUUAAACGAUGUCCACGAUGGAAGAGGGAAUGUUUUUAGGUUUUGUAACGGCUCUGGUCGUCGGGCGUAGUUACGAUUGUCAGUAUAAGACUUUUUUCGUUCAUAGACAUGUUGUAACAAUGAACACUCCCGAUCAGGAGCACGUAUGCACCAGGAAUGGGAACUUCGGAUGUGGG